ACCGUCCUAACAGGAAGCGGAAGUGAAAAUGAAGAGGAUGAGACAAAAAUGGCGGCAAUAAUUUCAGGACCAGUGCUAGCUUCCUUAUUUUACGAUCAGACUCGUUGUUCUGGUGAUCAGGAGGGACUGCUGAUAGGAAAAGUAAGUCACUCUGUGAAGGACACCAUUAGUGAUUCUCAGAUCAACAACUACAAGGUAGAGACAAAACUAUAUGUUUAUUCAUGCCACGAGCUGCAAAGGGAGACAAAUAUAUCCAGAAAAGAACAGUUACAAAAAUGCAUCACAGAGCAGAUAAAAAGACACGGAGAAAAGUGUAUAGUAGGAUGGUAUCACUCCCGGAGAAAUACAGCGUCCCGGCUGUCAAUGCGAGAGAGGAGCGUCCACCAGACCCUGCUGAAAUCCCUUCCCUCACAGGGCCGGGAGGAUUUUUACUUCCUCCUGUGUACCUCCUCCAACACACCGAACAGAUCAACACACAACUUCGACUUUGGUUUCUACAAACUCAACAAAGAUGAUGCUGAUUUGACCAAAGUGCCAGUUACAAUUGCUAACUUAGAGGAUACCACUACUAACUUGUACAAAUUAGACAGUAGCUGUACGGCGUCAGCUUCGUCAGGAAUCUACGCCUCCGUCAUCUCACAGUUCCAGCCUGAAAUCUUGGACAAAUCCGGACAAGUCCAGGAGGUUAAGAAGAUCAGUAGUCUUGGGUCGUCUUUACAGGAAAAGUUACAGGAUUUGACUCGAGGAGUUGAUCAGACUGAACGACAGCUGCAUGCACUGGAACUGGAGGUGAAAGAGCGUCGACAGAUGAUGGAACUGAAACUAGAGAAGGAGAGAAACAACAAGGCUCACUCCAAUACUCCACCACCAGCUUAUGAUCAUACUCCAAUUCAAAUUGGCAACACCAACGCCUCCUCUGACGAUGCUAUCUCUAUAGCCAAACAGAAACGGGAGCAAAGACGAAGGGACACCAGCAAAUCUCUACACCCAAAUAUGUCAUCAGGACGACCGUCGUCUGCCAAGACGAAAGCUGAUCAAGUACAUCCCUUGACACGCCGUCUCAGCUCAGAGCUUGACGAGCCAACUCCCACUCACAGCCGUCGCCUUAGUGAUGACAUAGCAUUUAUAGAUGAAGAUGUACCAGAAGUCACGGAGCACGAAGAAAUGGACACCAAGUCAGACGAUGAGAUGAAAUCGAGAGAAAGUGAUAUACAGGAACAUACUCAGGAGCAUGUUCAGGGGUCAGAGGUCAUUUCAUUACCUCAUAAAGGUCAAACUGUACGAUUAACACUUCCUGAAAUGAACGUCCCAGAAGCGUCAAAGCAAACAAUACCAUCAGUGACAUUAGAACACCAAACCAACUCCUACUCGGGUAAUAAAGAUCAUUUCUCAUUUGUAAGUGGACUUUUAGCCGAGGAAAAGACAAAACCUGUCAAAAAUAAAGUAGCAGAGAACUCCUACAAACACUCAAAUUCCAUGUCAGUGCCAAUUGGGGGUCAAAUGACGGCCCCUCAGAAAUCCUCAAAAGCUGCAGCUGCUGUUGGUGCAGCGGUUGCCGCGGCUGCUGUGAACAACAAAGACGAAGAGUCAACUCGUCAGUCGUCACGGUUACAGAAGCAGCAGCUAACAUCAAGUGCUGUGUUAAAUGUAAGCAACAAAGGUCAGAGGUCAAGAACAAAGCAAGGUCAACAUCAACCUGCAAGGUCAAGGUCAAAAGAAGGAACAAAAGCAAAAGAGACAAGUGGUGUUAAUUUAGAUCAUCCAUCAUCAAAAGACAAGCGUUCAAAAAAUAAUGUGAUAAAUCGCGAUCAGGAUUCCCAGAAUUCUUCUGCUGUGUGUAGAUUGGAGGCAAACGAUGAACAGACUCAAAAUUUCGAGGAAGAAGAGACGGAAGAUAUUCACACCAUUAACGAUCACGGACAGUUGGACAAUUUUAAAAUAUCUUCGUCUCCUGUGUUUUAAAGCUGUAUGUUGCGCACAAGAUGUUGGUAUUGUUAUGGUGUUGAUUAAUUUUAUAGUAAAUAAUGGCUUGUCCUCAAUUUAAUUUUGAUCCAUGAAAAACCAGUUGUUGUAGAAUUAAAACCUUACGUUAGUAGUUACACAUUCAGGUCGGAAUGCAUGUUGCUUGUGUCAAGUCCUUUUCUUCCGGUUGCAAGCUUUGUUAAUUUUUUGUUAAUAUGUUAUAAUUAGUUAUGAAAUUACGGUAUUGAUAAUUGUUCUUUUCGGGGAAAAUGAUGAUGAAAAUCUAAUAUUGAAGUAUUUUGGGUUAUGCAAUCAAUUGUAAAAUACAGCAUUUGUUUGCUUUGUCACAAAAUCUAUUUUAUUAAGUAUGUAUACCUUAUCAAUUGUGAUAGCUAUAUAUAUAUAUCCUUUAGUGUGUGUGGUGCUAAGGUUGUUGAGAGGAAGACAUCGUACGUGGUGUAGUAAAGAUAUCAUGGCUGUAUUGACUGUUUCCUAAGGGUUGUUUAAAUUUAUUUAAACAUAAUUAUAUACAUAUAUAUAUAGAUCCUAGUUGAUUUCUGUAUCGCCACUUGCAGGGAUUUAAUCAAAAUAACUUACAGGACAGUGCUGACAUGUAUUUCAGAAAAACAAUAUUGCCCAGGUAUAAAAAAAGGUCCAAUGUAGGUCUUACACUACUGUAUGGGAAAUCAAAGGUCUAUUGUAUAGAAGAUGGGCUUAAAACAGGAAAUUGAAGCAUAAUUUUGUUGAUAAUUUUACGGAACUGUUUAGAUAGACAUGGAUAGGCUUAUUACCAUAUAAAGCCUGGAUAAAUAUGGCGGCUAUAGCAUUGAAAUUAAUUCCCAUGACUAGUCAUUUUUUGUCACAAAAGAAUUUUAUACCUGAGAGUACAACGAUUUUAAGUCAUAGACUCGAAGAAUAUGCCACACUAGGAAAUAGCGCUUCUCUAUGUGUUGUAGCUCCAGAACAUAAAAACUAUAUUCAAGUUAUAAGAAUUAAUUCUUAUAAUCUAAUCUACUGUACGCAGUCCCUGUGAAAAUCUACUUUAAGUAAUGGACUCUUUUCUCUUAGAAGUUAUUACGCCGCUGUAUCAGCUAAUCAAAAGUGAUGUUACAAAUAGAGACUUCAUUUUUUAACUCGCCGACGCGAAGCU